AUGGCGGCCUCUGAGGCGGCGGCGGCGGCCGGGCCCGCGGCUCUAGCCUCGGGCGCCUCGGCCGGCCCAACGGCGGCAAGGGGAGCCACCGCAGCCUCGGGCCCAUGGGGACCCCCCGGGCGGCUGAGGGGCAGCCGGCCGCGACCCGCGAGGGCGAGGCAACAGUUCGCCGGUCCGGCGCCGCCGGCGCGGGAGCUCAUCCAGCCGUCGGUGAGCGAGCUGUCCCGGGCCGUGCGGACCAACAUCCUGUGCACGGUGCGCGGCUGCGGUAAGAUCCUGCCCAACAGCCCCGCACUCAACAUGCACCUGGUCAAGAGCCACCGCCUGCAGGAUGGCAUAGUGAAUCCCACAAUAAGAAAAGAUUUGAAAACUGUACCGAAAUUCUACUGUUGUCCAAUUGAAGGAUUCCCUAGAGGCCCUGACAGACCGUUUUCUCAAUUUUCUCUUGUAAAACAGCACUUUAUGAAAAUGCAUGCUGAAAAGAAGCAUAAAUGUAGUAAGUGCAGCAAUUCAUAUGGCACUGAAUGGGACUUGAAAAGACACGCAGAGGAUUGUGGCAAGACCUUCCAGUGCACGUGUGGUUGUCCCUAUGCCAGCAGAACUGCACUGCAGUCCCACAUCUACCGAACUGGCCACGAGAUCCCUGCAGAACACAGGGAUCCACCUAGUAAAAAAAGGAAAAUGGAAAACUGCCUGCACAACCAGAAACUGUCCAGUAAGACUGUUGAAUCACUGCGUAACCAACCAACCCCUAGGCCAGACACUCAAGAACUAGAAACCUCAGAAAUAAAGCUGGCGGCUUCUUUCGAAGACUCUUGCAGCUCUAAUGCCAGAAAGCAGACUCUGACAACACCUCCAAGGUAUCCUCAGAAGUUGCUUUUACCAAAGCCCAAAGUGGCCUUGGUAAAACUCCCCGUUAUGCAGUUUUCUCCUGUGCCUGUCUUUGUGCCUACGGCAGACUCCUCAGCCCAGCCUGUGGUGUUGGGUGUCGAUCAGCAGGGCGCUGCCCCCAGUGCUGUGCACUUACUGCCCUUGUCCAUAGGGACCCUGAUCCUCGGCCUGGAUUCAGAGGCCUGCUCUCUCAAGGAGAGCCUCCCUCUUUCAAAAAUUGUAAAUCCUGUUGCUGUUGAGCCAGUUAGCACAGGUGUUCAAGUGAACUUGGGUAAAAGUCCAUCGAACCCUUUACAAGAACUAGGGAGCCCCUGUCAAAAGAACAGCAUCUCUUCAAUCAAUGUACAGACAGAUCUGUCUUACAGCACACCCACUUCUCCGCAGUGGGCUAGCCCUGAUUCCUCUGUAUCGUCUUGUUCUCAAACUGAUUUGACAUUUGGCUCUCAAGUUUCCCUUCCCAUUAGUGUUCAUACGCAGACUUUUUUGCCCAGUUCUAAGGUGACCUCAUCUAUAGCUGCUCAGACUGAUGGGUUUAUAGAGGCCUGUUUUCAGCCGGGUGGGAUCUCCAGAGAAACUCAAACCAGUGGAAUGCAAAGCCCGGCAGAUGCUCGAGAACAGAUGGACCAAGCUGUAAUGUGUGGAGACAUUUUUGAGAGUGUCCAUUCAUCAUAUGGUGUUUCUGCAGACAAUAUUAUAAGCAGCAGCCUAGUAGCAGAGACUGUAACUCAUGGUUUGUUACCUCAGAACCACCCCAAAACUUUGAGUCAAGAUAUUGAGAAAUCUGCACCAAUUAUAAACUUUAGCACACAGAAUAGGUUGCUUCCUUCACAGAACAUGACAGAUAAUCAGACCCAAACCAUAGAUUUACUAAGCGACCUAGAAAACAUCCUGUCAAGUAAUCUGCCUGCCCAGACAUUGGACAAUCGUGGUCUUUUGUCUGACGCAAAUACUGGACCUGACACCCAGCUCCCAUCUGGCCCAGCCCAGAAUCCCGCAAUCGAUUUUGAUAUUGAAGAGUUCUUUUCAGCUUCAAAUAUCCAGACCCAAACUGAAGAGAGUGAGCUUAGCACCAUGACCACUGAGCCAGUCUUGGAGUCGCUGGACAUAGAGACCCAAACUGACUUCUUGCUGGCAGACACCUCUGCCCAGUCCUACACUUGUCGGGGAAACUCCAACUUCUUAGGCCUUGAAAUGUUUGACACGCAGACACAGACGGACUUGAACUUCUUUUUAGACAGUAGCCCUCAUCUGCCUCUGGGAAGUAUUCUGAAACACUCCAGCUUCUCCAUGAGUACCGAUUCGUCUGACACAGAGACCCAGACUGAAGGAAUCUCUGCUGCUAAAAUCAUCCCUGCUCUGGAAAGCAAAGUGCAGUUGAACAACGCAGAAACACAAACCAUGAAUUCUGGCUUUGAGACUUUGGGGAGCUUAUUCUUCACCAGCAAUGAAACGCAGACAGCAAUGGAUGACUUUCUUCUGGCUGAUUUGGCCUGGAACACGAUGGAAUCUCAGUUCAGCUCUGUAGAAACCCAGACGUGUGCAGAACUGCACCCGGUCUCCAACUUCUAAGGGUGGAGUCCGCGUGGGGACUGGCAUUUGCACCUCCCCUCUGGCUUUAGAGAGGGAGAAGGGGGACAGCAGUAUUAACUCUACUGAAUGUAGUUGAUGAUCCAGUUACUUCGAUUCUUUGAGGUUCUUUGCCUUUUGUACUUGUAAACAUGAAAUUUGUGUAAAAACCUGUGAGUAUUAUAAAGUGUAAGAUGUUGAUCUCAAAA